CCUCACGACAGAAGACAUGGUACUUCUUAGUACAUUUUAUUUUACUUUAUUCCGUAUGCCACAACUUGUUGUAACCAGAAGACGGGACUGCCCUCAUUUCUUCUUUUCUGUGUUACAUUCAUCGUUAUCCGAAGCAUCCAAAAUGGCAGCACGGAGCUUCCAGCGAGUGGAUUGCUCGGAGUUAAGAGAAGACCAACAUGGCAAAGAAACCUCGGGAAAAUUAUGCAUUGGAUUAGGAAUAAGAUACUGCGAAAGAAAUUGGAAAGCCAACCAGAGUGAACACGAACUUCGAAGCCGUCGCCCGCAGCUGACAUAGUUUCUGUGCAGACAGUCUUCUGGAUGAAGUAUUAAAAAUAAAAAAAUAAAUAAUCCACGAAAACAACGGAGUGACUCGGAGUCAUGUAUGGCGGGAGGCGUCGUGGCCAGGCCCCGGAAUGGUUAAAAAAUUAAAUGAAAGAAAAGGGGUUAAGGGCGCGAGUUUCUAGUCUGCACGUAGUGUGUUCGAAUCCGCAACUUACAUGAAUUUAAAUUCGUGAUAAAGGUUGCUAGUUAAAAAAGUUGAAAUGGUUCCAGCUACCUAUGCUGAAGUUCUGGGUUCGUUUCUUACAUCCGGCAGUCAUUUUCAUCCAACAGAAGUAGCAACUCUCCCACAUCUGGUAGCCUGGAGGAGAGUCGGUACAGGCUGGGCCCUGACAGAGGAGGAGGUCAUGCCGGGUCGAAACUCUGUCACCGGUCACCUUUCUUAUGCCAGUUUUUUGUUUUGUUUUUUGUUUUAUGAAUGAGCCAAUCGCUGUGCAAGGUCACAGGGGACUUGACUCUACCAGAGCCUGAGAUGUAGAAAAUAUUGGUGGAGCACUCAGAUCUCCCUUUUCGUCGCGUUUGAUCAGUUUGUAAUGAUGCAUUUCCACUGCUUCAUUGUUUCCACUUGCCUGCAAAGCUAUAAAGACGUUCACAAAAGACAUGUCUGUGGGGUUCGAAUCCUGGCAUGUCACUUUAAGUUGCAACAUGAGCACAGCAAAAUACAUGUGAGAUAUUAUUAUGAUUUUUAAUGCCUUUCUGCGCUUUAUCAACAAUAAUGGUGGGUUCCGGAUUAGACUCCCUAGUCAGACACGCAGCUUUUCGUCCUAUCAUGUCAGAUUCAAACAUGCCACUCACAGCUACUCGUGAAAGAUGAUAGUACAGUCAACGUGUCUUUAUAUGUAGUCAACAACUGUGUGUCCAGGGUUCGAUUCCUACUCAGCAGAAAAUUUUCAUAAUUGUAUUUACAAUACAGACAUGCGCACAUUCCGCUGCUAAUGAAGUACAGGGCUAUUACAAAUGAUUGAAGCGAUUUCAUAAAUUCACUGUAGCUCCAUUCAUUGACAUAUGGUCACAACACACUACAGAUACGUAGAAAAACUCAUAAAGUUUUGUUCGGCUGAAGCCGCACUUCAGUUUUCUGCCGCCAGAGAGCUCCAGAGCGCAGUGAGACAAAAUGGCGACAGGAGCCGAGAAAGCGUAUGUCGUGCUUGAAAUGAUCUCACAUCAGUCAGUCAUAACAGUGCAACGACACUUGAGGACGAAGUUCAGCAAAGAUCCACCAACUGCUAACUCCAUUCCGCGAUGGUAUGCGCAGUUUAAAGCUUCUGGAUGCCUCUGUAAGGGGAAAUCAACGGGUCGGCCUGCAGUGAGCGAAGAAACGGUUGAACGCGUGCGGGCAAGUUUCACGCGUAGCCCGCGGAAGUCGACGAAUAAAGCAAACAGGGAGCUAAACGUACCACAGCCGACGGUUUGGAAAAUCUUACGGAAAAGGCUAAAGCAGAAGCCUUACCGUUUACAAUUGCUACAAGCCCUGACACCCGAUGACAAAGUCAAACGCUUUGAAUUUUCGGCGCGGUUGCAACAGCUCGUGGAAGAGGAUGCGUUCAGUGCGAAACUUGUUUUCAGUGAUGAAGCAACAUUUUUUCUUAGUGGUGAAGUGAACAGACACAAUGUGCGAAUCUGGCCGGUAGAGAAUCCUCACGCAUUCGUGCAGCAAAUUCGCAAUUCACCAAAAGUUAACGUGUUUUGUGCAAUCUCACGGUUUAAAGUUUACGGCCCCUUUUUCUUCUGCGAAAAAAACGUUACAGCACACGUGUAUCUGAACAUGCUGGAAAAUUGGCUCACGCCACAACUGGAGACCGACAGCGCCGACUUCAUCUUUCAACAGGAUGGUGCUCCACCGCACUUCCAUCACGAUGUUCGGCAUUUCUUAAACAGGAGAUUGGAAAACCGAUGGAUCGGUCGUGGUGGAGAUCAUGAUCAGCAAUUCAUGUCACGGCCUCCACGCUCUCCCGACUUAACCCCAUGCGAUUUCUUUCUGUGGGGUUAUGUGAAAGAUUCAGUGUUUAAACCUCCUCUACCAAGAAACGUGCCAGAACUGCGAGCUCGCAUCAACGAUGCUUUCGAACUCAUUGAUGGGGACAUGCUGCGCCGAGUGUGGGAGGAACUUGAUUAUCGGCUUGAUGUCUGUCGAAUCACUAAAGGGGCACAUAUCGAACAUUUGUGAAUGCCUAAAAAAACUUUUUGAGUUUUUGUAUCUUUGUGCAAAGCACUGUGAAAAUAUCUCAAAUAACAAAGUUAUUGUAGAGCUGUGAAAUCGCUUCAGUCAUUUGUAAUAACCCUGUAAAUCAUUAUAUAACGUCUACGCGUGACCAGAGGUCCGUGUCCAUUGGUGUUGGUUUCGAAUGCCCAUAAGACAACACUUUCGUCUCCUGGGUUUAGUUUGUCAUCUCGUUGCUGGUUAAAACUAACGAUUUCUAACGUUUGAUUGCGCUCAGUGAACCAUUCGAUUAAGUGCUGCGUUCGAAUCUCCAGGAAACACACAACUUUAUGGCAGAUCAUUUCGAGUUUAAACUUGCACACUGUUUGUUACUUUUGACUGAAACCAUACUUGAGAUAUUUCGUCUUUACUUGUUAGAUUGCAUUCCCGGAUAGUAGCGCAGUAAGAAAACUUUCGUCGUGUCAUUUAAAGGAGGAUGCUGCUUUCUGAGGUUUCAUUUAUUACAAUACAUUUGAAUUUGGAAGCGUAAUGGCUGUGUAAUCUCGAAUAACACCUUUUCUGGUAUUUGCAUUAUCGAAUUAUUAAUUUGCAUCUAAACUGAUGGUCGCACAGAGCAGUUGUCUCUUGUGGCCUCAUGCAGUGAACAUUUUGUAUAGGCAAAGACUGUACCGAAAAGAGAGCAGAGGAACAAUGUUACGUGGACUGAUCACAAAUCAGGCGAAACACAAUUCAGAUCUUUCCGUAAAGUUUCUGGCGUGCAGCCGCAUAAACUCAGCCUCUUCUCCUAAUGUUUCGGCCGAACACCGUCCCGCCAUCUCCAGAGUGAGCCGAAGUGACUGACGCUGGCGCACUGGGUCCGUUUUUUUAAACCCAAGGACCGAACCACUGAAUUUAUGCGGCUGCACGCCAGAAUCUUUAUGGAACAGUCCUUACGCCGCAACAACAUUGAGAUGGACGACAACUGAGAUAGUUCAGAUGAUUUUGAGCAUGAUAGCACAUGUUUUUAACAUGUGCUAUCGUGUGCUAUGAGGCCAUAAAAUGUCACACACACACACACACACACACACACACACACACAGUUUUUUUAUGGGGGUGGUGUUGCCGAGUUGGUGUUUGUUAUCUCUCACAUGUUUUGCAUAAAUUGUUGUCUGUGUGUCAGAAAGUUUCUGUGUUUGGUGAGGCUGAAUGAAGAAAACUGCCGUUAACUGCAGUGAAAUUUUUUUGCCUGCAUACCAGGAAAGUGUCUGUUUGAAAACCAGGAGACGGAAUUCUUGUUGUGUGUGACGUCUGGCAGUGAAGCUGCAGACAGAGACCAGUGUCAGCUGCAAGGAGCCUGUCCUGUGGUGGAGGUGAGCGACUGGUUAGGUGUAGCGUGCCGAGAGCAGAGGAGCUGACUCGCAGGAAUGAGUGUGACAAAAUGUGGCAAUGAAAUUCUUUCAGACGUUGUAUAAUGCUAUUUGUAAUGGACGAUGAAUGAAGAUUUUCUUAUGAGGGGGAUAGAACAGAUUUGCUGUAAUUUAAUACAUCCACACAAUUGCGCACUGUUUUGUACUGUGGGAGGGGGAAUACGGUAGGUUUGUUUCAGGACAGAUUUGUAUUCGCAACAGUUGUUUCCUCGUGUGGCUGUUUUCCUUGUUCUGUGUGCUGUGUGUUUGCAGCAGAGAGUGGCAGUUUGUGUGUUUUGUGCAGGAGCCUCUCUGCAGAGGAGAGGGCCAGGAGGCUGGUCCAGGCGGCUGAGCGGGGGGCAGUGGGGGAGCUGAGGGCGC